AUGCCGAAAAGUGCUUCGUUCAUAACAUCAUUCAGCAUUUAUUUGAUUAUUUGCAUUAUUGAAUUUGCACUGGCCAUAGAAUGGAAUAAGGUUAAGCCAAUGUAUCUGGUAUCCAUGUAUCCAGCACCGCCAUCUAUGCAGCAGGACGAUAACAAGUUUGAUAACAACAAUCCAGUUGUGCUUAACCUAGAAAAGGAAACAAUGCCUGACGAAAUGAUUACGAAAGAAGCAAUGAAUCGUAUAUUCGGCGGCAAUGAAGCCCAUCAGAACAGUUUCACAUAUCAGGUCGGCUUCUUGUUGCAACGGCCCAAGGGUCUGUAUUGGUGUGGUGGAUCGUUAAUAUCACCUGAGUAUGUGCUAACGGCGGCACACUGUGUGGAUAUGGCUUCGCGGGCGUUGGUGUUUCUGGGCGCUCAUGACAUAAAAAAUGCUCAUGAGCCUGGCCAAAUACGAAUGAUGGUUUACCAUCGGGACUUUCUCAUAUAUCCUACUUGGAAUCCACGCCGUCUUAAAGAUGACAUUGCAUUAGUGCAUUUACCGAAAUCUGUAAAAUAUAAUGAAAGAAUACAACCAAUUCAACUUCCUAAAAGGGACUAUGAGUACAGAAACUUUGACGAUAAAUUGGGCAUAGCUUCCGGUUGGGGGCGUUAUGCCACCGGUGUCCAUGCUAUUAGCAACAUUUUACGUUAUGUACAGCUACGCAUCGUUAAUGGCCAAACGUGCAAGAACAACUUUCCUUUGUCAUACAGAACUACAAAUAUUUGCACAAGUGGGCGUUUUCAGAAAUCAACAUGCAACGGAGAUUCUGGGGGACCGCUUGUUUUGCAAAGACGUACAUCAAAGAAGCGGGUACUUGUUGGUAUAACAUCGUUUGGCAGCAUCUUCGGGUGUGAUCGUGGUUAUCCGGCUGCAUUUACAAAAGUAGCAUCGUAUUUAGAUUGGAUUUGGGACGAGACUGGCAUUGACCCAAAUGUAGACGUUACAAAAAGAUUUCCAUUUAAUAAAGCUAUAAAAGAAAAUUUUAGGGAGAAGAAAAAGAAAAAGUUUGCAAAUUUAAAUUUAGCAAACAAAAAUAAGGAUAAGACUGAAAGUAUUGGUGUCAUUGAUACAAGACUACGGAAAUAUCCCGAUGCAGAAGUGUUUUAA